AUGACGCGCUCUCCUCCCGCAGUCACUUCUCGCACUCCUCAGACAGCACCUCCCAAUCGUCGGGGUGCCAAGCCCAUUCCGAUGAACAAUCCCUUCUCAAGCGUUCGCUCCUCACCAAGUACCGGCCCUGCUGGCCCAGGCAAGGCUCUUAGAAAGAGAUCUCGCACCAGCGGAUAUGACGGCAAUGGCGAUGAAGAGGAUGAGGCCUAUCGUAAGGGUCCUCACACUUUGCGGAAACGGACAAAGAUCGACUACUCGGCUGCAGACUUUGAGGACGAGCUGCCCGAGAUUGGACAUCCGGCACCGAGAACUGCCACUCGCAAGAAACGAGCUGACAGUGAGGUCGCCGACGAUGAGUACUUCACCCCGGCUUCUCAAAAGCGUCGCGCCACCUCCAGAGAUUUUUCCGUCGCCAGUCUGCCCGCCGCUCGCCGCCGGACCCCGGCCCGGAAGACUGUCGUCGAGCCUCAGUCUUUUUACUCACACCAGUCAGACGAGGACAUCGUCAAGGACACUAUCGAGGUCGUCGGCGACUCAUCCGAUCUUGUGAGCUCCGAUGAUCAUUCGGACCACGAUGAGGAUGAGAAUGACACCUCCGGCCGCAUCUCGUUGCCCGAGAACCACGAUCCUUCCUCACCAAUUCAGCGGAAAACUCAGGAGCCUCGCCACAUCGCUCCCCCAGUCGAGCAGCACAUUCUCAACCAAGAUGAGCCGCAGCCUGUACAGACGCCGAAUCACUCUGCCGUCUCAUUUACUGAGGAGAUGGACUCGGGCCCGAUAAUUGCUCACCCUCAACCUAUCCGAGUCAACCAUGUCUCCAUUUUUAACAACACAAGCCCGGCCCAAGAGCCGCAGUCGACUUCUACACGCCGCGACGAGCCUGCCGAAGAUUUUUCAUUCUACCCAAAGAGAGAAGCCAGCUCUCCCGUCCGGCCAACAGCCACCGCUCCUCACACGGCGGUCGAGCCGGAAGCGGAUGAGGCGGCUGCCGGGCCACAGCUGGUUCUCGGCCCCCAGGAAAACUCCGCACCUGCCGUUGUUGCUGACAAUUCCGAAACGACCACCAAUCCCGUCGUCACCAUCAACGAUGCUGCCGUCAUUGAACAGUCCCCAGAGCCAAUUUCUGAGCCUGCUAAUGAGCCUACCGUUAAUGGCGAAAUUGUCAACGGCCAUGUCGACGCUGUCGAUGAUGUUCCGCAGGAGAAGCCUCAAACCCCGGAACCUGCAGCCGAGCCUGAAGUCAAGGUUUCCGAGUCUUUCGCUGCCCAGCCAGUUGAGGAUGUGCCAAUUCAUGACGAGAUGGAGGUCGACGCCCCCGAGCAGGAGGCCACCGAAGAGGCGGCCGAGGCAACUGAACCGCAAGAGGAUGCCCCAGCUGACGAGCCCGACGUCGCCCCAAGUCCCGAGGAUGUCCCCGAAGAGCCUGAGAUCAAGGAGCCGGAGUUCAAGAAGCCCCGCUACCCAUGGUCCUACCUAACACCAUACAUUGAAGGCGAAUACGUGACUCACUCAAUUUACCCGGUGACCGUCGAAGCCUCUGCGCCAACGUCCAACGCUGAUGGACCAGAUGCCAAUGGUGACGCCGACGCGGAUGAGAGCGCAGAGCAAGUCGAUGCCCAGCACGCUGAUGGCGACGCAGACUAUGAUGCUACUGCAGAUGCCGAUGUCGAUGCCGAAGAGACCAAUCGCGAUGCUGACCAUGAAGACGAGCAUCAGCCCGACGGCCAAGGUCCUCAACUAUCCCAGGAAUCCAGGUACAACUCGGAAGCCCCCACACCUGCGCUUACUCCCCGUCAGGGAUCGCCAGCUUUGCCCUCGACGGCCGCCACCGGCUCCAACACGCCAGCUCUUGCUGGACCCAGGCAGCGACUCAGGAAGCAAUACCCAUUCAAGAAAGUGCGCGACCCUGCCGAGUACAUCGAGUUUCUCAAGGACACGAAGAAGCUGUCUUAUGAGGAAUUGUGGGACCUCUUGGACCAAGUCAAUUACAACCUCUACGCUUGGCAAGAGGAGUACAAGGAAUGCACCAAGGUUGUCGACGACCAAGAAAACGCGCAACGUCGUGCGAUUCAAGAUGCCGCCUUCGAAAAGAAGACUGCCGACCUGGACGCCUUUUCCAAGGUGGAGUCAUACAUCGAAAAGGACUUUGAUGUGCAGGGCUACAGAGCGGGCAUUAAAGAGAAGGACGCAGGUGUCCUCGAGCAGCGUUGGCAAGACCGUGUCAUGGCCUCCGCAUUUGGAUUUGAGUACGACCCUCAUCCCAACAAGGUUGGAAACCAAGACCCAGACGCUCAAAGAGACGGCGGCGGAGAGGGCAGGCAACUCAGAAGCCAGCCCCAAGCUAGUGCAAAGGCUGCCGAAGGCGACGGUGUCAUUGUCUCCGGCAAGCGAACCCGCAACCCACCAAAGUUGUUCGACGGCGUGUUACAGGAUGACCGCUCAGCAACUCCUGGAGGGAACAAACCCGGCCCGAAGAGAAGAGGCAGGGCUGCCGCCGCCGACAAGUAUUCCAGCUCAUUCCAAGAAGAGCCCGAGCCCGAGCCUGAACCCCAGACAAUUUCACCAGCGAAGCCCGGUCGUAAGAGAGGUCCUAGAGGCAAGAGGGCAGUCGUUGUCGAGUCCGAACCCAGCACGCCUGUGCCGGAGCAAGAAGCCAUCGCGCCGCCGCCUCCCGAGCCCGAGACGCAAGAUCCUCCCAAGCGCAAGCGUGGCCGUCAACCCAAGCCAAAGCCCGUCGUUGAGGAGCCCGAGCCGGUGGUCGAGGAAGUUACGCCCAAGCGAGGCCGCAAGAGAAAGUCCAACGGCCAUGUGCCUAUUCCAGAGACUACGGACGAGUCCCGCCCGACAUCGUCGUCCUCCAAUGCUACCAUUUCAGACGACGGAUCCACCUACGGUCUGCGCCAAAACAAGCGACCGCGCAACUGGAAAGAGGAGGCCGAUGUCGACGAGGAAGCUGAGGAAGUGGUUCAACCGCAGAAGCGCCCUAGAAUUCGCCUUAACAGGAAGCAGAGCGCGCCCGAGCUGGCGCCCAAGAAGACCGCGUCGGAGACUAUUCUCGAGCACAUGCACGACUUCCAGACCCCAACCACGCCCGACACUCCGCAGCUCAUCAUGUCUUUUAAGCACAUUGGCAAAGACAAGUGGACUGUCAAGGGCGCAUCCACACCCCGCCAGACUUCUACAGACGUGAGCGAGUACAACGUGUCGACUCCCCGACCUGCGCCGGUAUCUGCCCCCGCCUCGGCCAAGUCGUCCGCUCCGCCAAGCCAGGCCGGCGGCGAAGAGAAGGACUACUCCACCAUGACCAAGUCGGAGAAGAUGUCGGCAUCCAUGAAGAAACGCUGGCUCAACGGAAGUAUGCAGGGGGCCGUCAACAAGAGAAAGGCCACCUUGGCAGCCAAAAAGGCCGCCGCCGCGGCCGCGGAAGCCGCGCAGGCUGCCCAGGCCCAAGUCGCGCAGCAAAAGCAAAUGCAGUUCCAGCACCACGCCGGCAUCCUGCCCAUGCCGCCGCAUCACGGCCAGCAGCAGUAA